AUGUCCUGGGCCGUCCUGCUCGGCCUGCUGGCCGCGCUGCUGCUGCUGCUGCUGCUGACCCGCCGGCGCACGCGGCGACCUGGCGAACCUCCCUUGGACCUGGGCAGCAUCCCCUGGUUGGGUCACGCCUUGGAGUUUGGAAAAGAUGCUGCCAGCUUCCUCACUAGGAUGAAGGAGAAACAUGGGGAUAUCUUUACUGUGCUGGUGGGGGGCAGGUACGUCACUGUCCUCCUGGACCCACGCUCCUACGACGCAGUGGUGUGGGAGCCCCGCCCCAGGCUGGAUUUCCACGCCUACGCCGUCUUCCUCAUGGAGAGGAUGUUCGAUGUGCAGCUUCCGCACUACAACCCCAGCCAGGAGAAGGCCAAGAUGAAACCGACUCUCCUCCACAGAGACCUGCAGGCGCUCACGGAUGCCAUGUACGCCAACCUGCGCACCGUCCUGCUGGGCGACACCGCAGAAGCAGGCAGUGGCUGGCAUGAGAUGGGUCUCCUUGAUUUAUCCUAUAGCUUCCUGCUCAGAGCCGGCUACCUGACUCUGUACGGAGUCGAGGCCCUGCCACGUACCGAGCAGAGCCAGGCCCAGGACCGUGCCCACUCGGCCGACGUCUUCCACACCUUCCGCCAGCUCGACCUGCUGCUCCCCAGACUGGCACGAGGCUCCCUGUCAGUGGGGGACAAGGACCACGCAAGCAAAGUCAAAGGUCGCCUGUGGAAGCUGCUGUCCCCAGCCAGGCUGGCCACCCGGGCCCAGCGGAGCGCCUGGCUGGAGAGUUACCUGCUGCACCUGCGGGAGACGGGCGUGUCGGAGGAGAUGCAGGCACGGGCUCUGGUGCUGCAGCUCUGGGCCACACAGGGGAACAUGGGUCCAGCUGCCUUCUGGCUUCUGCUCUUCCUCCUCAAGAACCCCGAGGCCCUGGCUGCCGUCCGUGGAGAACUGGAGCAUGUCCUCUCUCGAGCAGAGCAGCCUGUCUCACAGAUGACCACCCUCCCACAGAAGGUUUUAGACAGCAUGCCUGUGCUCGACAGCGUGCUGAGUGAGAGCCUCAGGCUCACAGCCGCUCCCUUCAUCACCCGUGAGGUCGUGGUGGACAUGUCCUUACCCAUGGCAGACGGGCGGGAGUUCUCCCUGCGACGUGGUGACCGCCUCCUCCUCUUUCCAUUGCUGAGUCCCCAGAAGGAUCCAGAGAUCUACACAGACCCAGAGGUAUUUAAGUACAACCGAUUCCUGAACGCUGAUGGAUCAGAGAAGAAAGACUUUUACAAGGAUGGGAAGCGACUGAAGAAUUACAACAUGCCCUGGGGUGCUGGGCACAAUCAGUGCCUGGGGAGGAAUUAUGCCACCAGCAGCAUCAAACAAUUCGUGUUCCUUGUGCUGGCGCACUUUGACCUGGAGCUGGUCAACCCCGACGUGGAGAUCCCUGAGUUUGACCUCAGCAGGUACGGCUUUGGGCUGAUGCAGCCAGAACACGAUGUGCCCAUCCGUUACCGCAUCCGGCCGUGA